AUGGCAGAGUACCAUGGCCUAUCACAUGUAUUCACUACCACUGAGACAUCGCUUUACAACAAUUUAUUCAAAUCAUCAAAUCCACCUUUUUGCUCUCCAACUGCCCUUAUCUUAGAAAUUUCUCCUAACCCUUUUCCUCAAAUCACAAAAUUAUCCGACCAUAGUACUAAUACAAAUUUCGUCCCAAUUAUCAAGAACAAUUACAAUCUUGAUAAUUUGGAAAUUUUGGACCCCGAACUCAAGACUUAUAGGUCCAAAUUUAAUGGUCAUGAGAAUAAUAAUAAUAAUUGUAACGUUUAUGUAGCGGGGCAUGUACUUGUUUUUCCUAGCUACAAUGGAUUUUUUGAGAAGCCUGGUUUAUAUCUAGACCAAAUGUUUGUAAGGAAAUGUUAUAGAGGGAUGAAGUUUGGAAAAUUAUUAUUUUCUGCUGUUGCAAUGCAAGCUGAGAAAAUGGGAUUGGGGAUGGUGGAUUGGCUUGUGGCUGAUUGGAAUGAAGAAACUAUUAAUUUCUAUGAGAAAAUGGGAGCUCAUUAUAUUCCUGAAUAUAGGCUUUGUAAAUUGUAUGGUGAUCAACUUCAAGGAUAUGGCAAGAAAUCAGACUGA